AUGCUCCGCGCGCCCGCCGCCUCCCGGUGGCCGCCUCUCCUGCUGCUGCUGCUGCUGCCGCCGCCGCCGCCGCGUGCCUGCGGCGCCCCGGCCGGCCCGGGCACCGGGGGACAGGCCUCGGAGCUCGUGGUGCCCACGCGGUUGCCAGGCAGCGGGAGCGAGCUCGCCUUCCACCUGUCCGCCUUCGGCCGGGGCUUCGAGCUGCGCCUGGCGCCCGACGCCAGCUUCCUGGCGCCCGGGUUUAAGAUCGAGCGCCUUGGGGGCUCGGGGGUGGCGGCCGGGGGUGAGCGCGGACUGCGCGGCUGCUUCUUCUCGGGCACGGUGAACGGGGAGCCCGGGUCGCUGGCGGCCGUCAGCCUGUGCCGGGGGCUCAGCGGCUCCUUCCUGCUGGCCGGGGAGGAGUUCACCAUCCAGCCUCAGGGCGCCGGGGACGCCCUGGACCAACCGCAUCGCCUGCAGCGCUGGGGGCCCGGGCCACGCCGCGGGGACCCCGAGCUCGCCACCACCGAAGCCCGCCGCCCCCCUCAAGGACUCGAGUGGGAGGGGGAGAUGGGAGAGGGCCAGGAGACGGGCGACGACGAAGACGAGGAACCCAGAGAGGCAGAAGACGUCAGCGAACUGCCAUCGCCCUUGACCGCCACGACCAGGACCAAACGGUUCGUGUCCGAGGCCCGCUUCGUGGAGACGCUUCUGGUGGCCGACGCGUCCAUGGCAGCCUUCUAUGGGGCCGACCUGCAGAACCACAUCCUCACCGUGAUGUCUGUGGCAGCCCGCAUCUACAAGCAUCCAAGCAUCAGGAAUUCCAUCAACCUCAUGGUGGUAAAGGUGCUGAUAGUGGAAGAGGAAGGAUGGGGCCCUGAGGUGUCAGACAAUGGUGGACUCACACUGCGCAACUUCUGCAGCUGGCAGCGACACUUCAACAAACCCAGCGACCGCCACCCGGAGCAUUACGACACAGCCAUCCUGCUCACCAGACAGAACUUCUGCGGGAAGGAAGGACAGUGUGACACUCUGGGGAUGGCGGACAUUGGCACCAUCUGUGACCCCAGCAAGAGCUGUUCCGUGAUCAAAGAUGAGGGACUACAAGCAGCUUACACAUUGGCCCAUGAGUUGGGGCACGUUCUCAGCAUGCCUCAUGAUGACUCUAAGCCUUGUGCACGGCUCUUCGGGUCCAUGGGAAAGCACCACAUGAUGGCGCCGCUCUUCGUGCAUGUGAACAAGUCCCUGCCCUGGUCUCCCUGCAGUGCCAUGUACCUCACUGAGCUCCUGGAUGAUGGCCACGGAGAUUGUCUCCUAGAUGCCCCCACCUCAGCUCUGCCACUCCCCACAGACCUGCCUGGCCACCACAACCUCUAUGAGUUGGACCAGCAGUGCAAACAGAUCUUUGGUCCUGGUUUCCGCCACUGCCCCAACACUUCUGUGCAGGACAUCUGUGCCCAGCUCUGGUGCCGCACAGAUAGCGAUGAGCCCAUCUGCCACACAAAAAAUGGCAGCCUGCCCUGGGCUGAUGGCACACCCUGUGGGCCCGGACACCUCUGUUUAGAUGGCAGCUGUCUUCCCACAGAAGAAGUGGAGAAGCCCAAGGCUGUGAUAGAUGGAGGUUGGAGCCCAUGGGGACCCUGGGGAGAAUGUUCCCGCACCUGUGGAGGAGGAAUACAGUUUUCCCAUCGUGAGUGCAAGAAUCCCGAGCCUCAGAAUGGAGGAAGAUAUUGCCUGGGUAGAAGAGCCAAGUACCAAUCAUGCCACAUGGAGGAAUGCCCCCCGAAUGGAAAAAGCUUCAGGGAGCAGCAAUGUGAGAAAUAUAAUGCCUACAAUCACACUGACCUGGAUGGUAAUUUCCUGCAGUGGGUCCCCAAAUAUUCAGGGGUAUCCCCCCGGGACCGAUGCAAGUUGUUUUGCAGAGCCCGGGGGAGGAGCGAGUUCAAAGUGUUUGAAGCCAAGGUGAUUGAUGGAACUCUGUGUGGACCAGAGACCCUGUCAAUCUGCGUCCGGGGCCAAUGUGUCAAGGCUGGCUGUGACCACAUGGUAGACUCUCCUAAGAAGCUGGACAAAUGUGGGGUGUGUGGUGGCAAAGGAACCUCCUGCAGGAAGGUUUCUGGCUCCUUCACUCCUUCCAGUUAUGGCUACAAUGACAUUGUCACCAUCCCAGCUGGUGCCACAAACAUCGAUGUGAAACAACGGAGCCAUCCAGGGGUCCGGAACGAUGGCAACUACCUGGCACUGAAGACAGCCAGCGGGCAGUACCUGCUCAAUGGCAACCUAGCCAUCUCUGCCAUAGAGCAGGACAUCUUGGUGAAGGGGACCAUCCUAAAGUACAGUGGUUCCAUUGCUGCCCUGGAGCGGCUGCAGAGCUUUCGGGCUCUACCUGAGCCUCUGACAGUUCAGCUCCUGACUGUGCCUGGUGAGGUCUUUCCCCCCAAAGUCAAAUAUACCUUCUUUGUUCCUAACAACAUGGACUUUGGCAUGCAGAACAACAAAGAGAGAGCAACUACCAAUAUCAUUCAGCCACUCCCCCAUGCGCAGUGGGUGCUAGGGGACUGGUCUGAGUGUUCCAGCACUUGUGGGGGUGGCUGGCAGCGGAGGACUGUGGAAUGCAGGGACCCCUCAGGCCAGGCCUCUUCCACCUGUGACAAGGCUCUGAAACCUGAGGAUGCCAAGCCCUGUGGAAGCCAGCACUGUCCCCUGUGAUCCUCUGGUGGUAACAUCUUAUGCUCAUGGACCUGGGCUGCUAGGGAAUAGACAAGGGUCCACUCUGCAGUGAUACUCUACAUCAAGAUGGCAUGGCCUACUCGGCCUCUUAUUGCUGCAACCCUUUGGGUGCUGCCUAAAUUCAUAAGGAGGCAUAAAGAGGGUAUAGGGUGAUAAAUCCUUAAGUUGACUGUCUAGUGGACUGAACCUUGUUUGAGUUCAUUUAGAGGGCAUAGGUUAAAAGGUAAAACUGCACUUCUUGACCCAAAUGGAAGAUUUUAGAACCAAUUUUUUUGCAAAGGACUAACAAAUGAAAAAAAAAAGUCUUUUCUAUUUGGUUUCCCUGAUAAAUAAUCUACCUCACAGGGGAAAAAAUUAGUACAAGAGAUGUGUGGGGCCACAAGUUGGUGGUGAAUAUUAAAGCAAGCUUUAUUGCUGCCCCUGAGCUGCCUUUGGAAAUGACCAUAACUCUCUUCACUGGCAAAAUCCAUUGUCUAAAAGGCAGUGGUAUCCAUCACAGAGUUGUGGAGAGCUACAUGUUCUCAGGCUGCCACCUGCUGGGGUGGAUCUAUUUCAAAUAUUUAUGCAAACAUGUCUCUGAACUAAAGUGUGAUCUUGUGCCAA